AUGGAGGAUUAUGUUUUUAAGUCCAAAAUAAAAUUCACGUCGAGCAUUUCAAAAACUAGUGUCGAAUUUCUGGACACAAAAGUCAAGUUUUCGGAAGGCCAAAUAGUCACAGAAUUAUUUUGCAAACCCAUGUCAUUCCAUAUUUAUCUCUACCGCCUCUCUGAUCCUUCACAUCAUACAAUCAGAUCAAAUCCGAAGUCCCAGUUUUUGAGGAUAGGACGUAUUUGUACAGACAUUGAGGAUUAUUGGAAACAUGCAAAUACUUUCGUGCACCAUUAUGUAAAGCGCAGUUAUAGUGAAUCAAGAUUAAAGGAAAUCGCGACUGACAUAGCUGAAAUUAGUAGUGAUAAUCAAACUUUCAUGCCUAAUUUUAGCACCUUUAGACGUAAAAGAAAUAUUAGAGAAAUAUUGACCAGUGCCACAGAUAAAAACUCCAUUGGAGUUUCUGAACACUGCACCCACAAAAACACCCAUAAGAGAGGAUUUUUGACAAUUACAGUCAAGGAUAUAAAUGAUUGUUACCCAGUUUUUAGAGAAAAUUUUACAUUACUAAAUUUGGUUGAAAACUAUCCUGUCGGAAGUAUUAUUGCAACACUUACAGCCACUGAUGAAGAUAAAAAUGACUUUGUAACAUAUGAAGUUCUUGACAAUUCUAAAAAGUUUGGCAUUGACAAUAAAACUGGUGAAAUUUAUUUAAUAUCAGAGCUGGAUCGUGAAGAAAAUCCAAACAUCACAUUUAAUGUUGUGGCCAGUGAUUCUUUGUUACCAACAUUAUCUUCCACAGCAACAGUUUUUGUUGUUGUUGAAGAUUUUAAUGAUAAUGCCCCAGAAUUUCAGAACCUUGUAUCUAUAUUACCUGUAUCAGAAGACACUCCUGUAAAUACCACAAUUACUACAAUAACAACUACCGAUAAAGAUAUAGGAAUACAUGCGAAUGUUAGUUAUACUCUGACAGUUUCUGGUGGAAGUUCUCCUUUUAAAAUUGAUAAAAUAACUGUGAGUGUUAAAUAUCUUCUUGUAUUAAAUUAUGAUACUAAAUCUGCAAGCUAUUUUGUUAUAAAGAAUGAUUCUAAUGCUGCUUUAAUUGAGACCAAGAAAGGAGUUGAUUAUGAAACAACAAAAUUCUUAAAACUGGUGGUAGUUGUCCACAAUUGUGUUCAGAUCAAAUAUAAUGCAACAUGUUCUAAAUCUUCCUCUACUGAUAUACUCAACAAAAUAAACAUUCAUAUUUUAUCUGAAUCUGAUGAGGUCAAAAUUGUGUUUGCAAAGCCAAUUGAGAAGGUUAGGAGUCAAAGCCAUGAAUUUAUAAAAUUUCUUCAAUCAAUCGUGGGAGAUGAAUAUGAAAUUGUUCCUGGCAGACUUGAUGUCUCCAAAAAUGAUCAAGGUCAACUCGAUCCUCUCAGGACAAGUUUGGUUUUAUAUGCAGUUAAUAAUGCAACUAAAAAGGAAUCUGAACCAUUUGUAACUGUUGACAACAAGGAGAAGAAUUUCAUAGUUUUUAUUACGGUCAUUGUGGUGUUGGUUUUCAUAUUGACCAUUACGAUGAUUCUAUUUUAUGCAAGUAAUCGCAGAUAUACCAGGAAAUUAAGAGCAGCUAAAACCACUACAAAUCCAUCAGAUGAAAUAGCUGAAGAUGCAUUCCCUGGAACCAAUUUGUUUUCAGAUGGACAGAUUAAUCCAUUAUACAACAAUUUCGAUGAAAAUGACAUGGGUAGUCCCUUACCAGACAAAGAGAGUUUGUAUUCAGACACUAACAAUGAAUUUGAUGGUAUGUAUCAUAAAAAUAUCAAUGCUGUACCAAACAAUCUUUACAACUUUGAUGGUGACACAGCAUUUCCAAUGCCAGCAGACAACUCCAAAUUAGAUCUGGACAGUGUUAUCAAAGAACGUGAUGCAGAAAUGAACAAGAUAAACAAUAAUUCUACAGUUCUUUACGGUAAUUCAGAAGAUGAGCCAGAGGUUGAAGCUACUGAAGUAUAA